GCGCUCGAUUGAGGAGCGUGGCAACGUUACUUCCGGUGCCUGGCUGCGUUUCCUGCUUUUGGUUCUUACGGGAGACGGCGUAGGCCUUAGAUUUUUUACUGUCUCCUUCUGAAGAAUUUAACACAAACAUGGAUAUCAGACCAAAUCAUACUAUUUAUAUCAACAAUAUGAAUGACAAAAUUAAAAAGGAAGAAUUGAAGAGAUCCCUGUAUGCCCUGUUUUCUCAGUUCGGUCAUGUGGUGGACAUUGUGGCUUUAAAGACCAUGAAGAUGAGGGGGCAGGCCUUUGUCAUAUUUAAGGAACUGGGCUCAUCCACGAAUGCUUUGAGACAGUUACAAGGAUUUCCAUUUUAUGGUAAACCAAUGCGAAUACAGUAUGCAAAAACAGAUUCGGAUAUAAUAUCUAAAAUGCGUGGAACUUUUGCUGACAAAGAAAAGAAGAAAGAAAAGAAAAAAGCCAAAACUGUGGAACAGACUGCAACAACCGCAAACAAAAAGCCUGGCCAGGGAACUCCAAAUUCAGCUAAUACCCAAGGAAAUACAACACCAAAUCCUCAGGUCCCUGAUUACCCUCCAAACUAUAUUUUAUUCCUUAAUAACUUACCAGAAGAGACUAAUGAGAUGAUGUUAUCCAUGCUGUUUAAUCAGUUCCCUGGCUUCAAGGAAGUACGUCUGGUACCAGGGAGGCAUGACAUUGCUUUUGUUGAAUUUGAAAAUGAUGGGCAGGCUGGAGCUGCCAGGGAUGCUUUACAGGGAUUUAAGAUCACACCAUCCCAUGCUAUGAAGAUCACCUAUGCCAAGAAAUAACAUUUGGGACAGUCAUCUUUAAAGGACUUGGUGUUAUUUAUAGUGUUUGUUUUGGUAACAUUUGGCUGGGUCAUUUUAAUAGUUAGAGAUUAGGGGGAGUAAAAGUGAAAUUUUUGUGAAGGACUUAAAUUAUCCAGUGUUUCUUUAGCCUUGGUGAACUAUGAAAUACGAAGACCUUAAUUUUGUACAAUAAACUUUGUAUUCUGUGUAUAUAAUGCUUUCUUUAUUGACCCAUUGCCCUAUCAUCAGAUGACUGUUCUGGUCUAGAACACACUUAAGGUUUAUAAAAUUGUAUAAUAGGAUGCUUUUCUAGUGUUAUUUUGGUGGAGCUAAUGAUACAACAUCAUUGAACCAUUUUAAUAAAAGUUAAGUAGAAUUAGAUCACAGAAGUUAGUAGACGACUGUUGUAUUAAUGGUAAUAAUGAUUGUUCUGGGUAUUAGAAGAAAAUGAGACCUAGGCGGGAUCUAAAUUUGAUCUUUGUAUCCUUUUAAGAAAUGAAUAUAUUAUUUUGCUGGUAGUAGGGAUUCCACAGGUUUUCUUCAUUCAGUAUUAAAUAAAGGCUGUGUUUACUGUUUACCGAG